AUGUCUAUCCUGGCAAUCCCCUGUACAAGUCAAGGUCGAAGCUUUUGCCAACGAUCUAGCAGAUGGCAACCCGUUUGUGCUAGCCUCCUAGGAAUUGACAACGUCCGCAGCAUCGAUAAUCCAGAGGGUGGCAUCGUGGCCUUCAACUGUGUCUAUCCAGACACCCGCCUUUACCAAGUCAACGUUGAAGCUUUUGCCAACGACCUAGCAGAAUAUCCAGAUGGCAACUCGUUUGUGCUAUCCACCAAGGACAACUCGCUCGAUCCCGUUGUCACAGUGACAUUGCAGAAAGUCACCGAAAAUGCCCAUGGCAAGCCUCUUCCUAACUUGUUGACUGAAGUCUCAGAGCCUUUGACAAUGGCCAUUACAAAGAAAACUGCGCAAGACAACAUCUUGGCAGACCAGGCAAUGGCGGACGAUGAUUUUGAUUUUGCUCUUGGAGGUGAUUCUGACUAUGAAUGUUUUCAAGUAUUCAAGGAUAUUCCUGGCUUGCUUGCUGAUACGGUCAGACAAUGA